AUGGCCAAACGAUUGUUUAGUCGAGCAGUCAGAAGAAAUGUCUCUAAAGUAGAUUUCUUCCUUUACUAUAUAUCUCCCCCACAUGACCCAACUCAACUAAUUGAAAUCUCCUUUAUUCCCUUUUAUAUAUAUUCGCUUUACUUGUAUUCUAUUUUUUUGAAACAGAAAUACAGAGCACCACUUGGAAACAGAGAUAUAAAAGACCCAUUUUUAGUAAUACAAGUGUUGGAAAUGGCACAAGAGUUGCAUGUUCUGGCUGUUGAUGAUAGUCAUGUUGAUCGGAAAGUUAUUGAGCGAUUGUUGAAGAUUUCUUGCUGUAAAGUUACGGCAGUGGAAAGUGGAACGAGGGCUUUGCAGUAUUUGGGGUUGGAUGGAGAGAAGAGUUCUAUGGGGAUCGAUGGUUUGAAGGUAAAUCUGAUACUGACGGACUAUUCUAUGCCUGGGAUGACUGGCUAUGAACUUCUCAAAAAAAUCAAGGAAUCAUCGGUGUUGAGCAAAAUCCCCGUUGUUAUUAUGUCAUCUGAAAAGAUUUUACCUCGCAUUGAUAGAUGUUUGGAGGAAGGUGCUGAAGAAUUUCUCCUGAAGCCUGUUAAGCUGUCUGAUGUUAAACGUCUCCGAGACUUCAUCCUGAGAGGCGAAGGGGAUGACAACAAAGAAACAGAGAAGAAUAUCAAACAAGUAUGUUCUAGAAAAAGAAAAUUUCAAGACGAUUCAACGACCCAAUUAACGCUAUCAGCUGUAGUAACAGUCCAUGACAUUGAGUCGUCAUCACCAGAAUCUUCAGCAUCAUCAGAAUCUCAACAGCCUUUGUCAAAGCAAUCCAAGAUUGGAUAGCACAGGAUAGAAGAUAUGACACAGAUACAUAAUUUUUUGCUGUCUAAUUGAGCUAGUAGUUGUUGCUGUUGUUACCAUUUUGCUAGCGCCAUCUUUUGACAUCUUGUGUGUACCUUCUUUUGUGAGUAUACUUGUACAUGUUUAGCUCACCAUUUUGGACCCUUUUAUGAGCUCUGUAGAAAUAGAUUGGAAGUCCAAAUGAUUUCUUGUUUUUUUUU